UAGUGGCCAGUCGACCUCCAACCGCGCCCGCAUGCGUACGAUCGACCGCGAUCGCAGUGUGAAACGGUAGUGCUAAAUGGAACUUAACGGCGUUCAAUGUUAAAGAAACAAAGUUACGAAGAUAAAGACGUGAAUAUGGCGAUACAGAGCGUUUCGAGAUACCCCAGCAGCCCCGCGGAGGCGACGGAGCCUCCGAAGGCGUCGAGAAUAAGCUUCAGCGUCGCAUCUAUACUGGCGGACACCAAGAGUAACCAGGCAGAUGAGACUGCCGAGAUCAUACGGCAUCAUAGAACUAUACCGGAGUCACCUUUGAGACAGUCCCCGUCAGCGCAGCCCGAGCUACCUGGGGCGAAGUCUCCCUCUCCCAGGCCUUCGUCUCACAUGUCUCCUUUGAAUCUGAUGUCGACUGCGCCGGCGACAUCAUCGGACGAUGAAUAUGAAGAUUCUGUCAAUCAAGAGGAUUCGAUAGUGGACGUUGAAGAUCUGCAGAAUGGUAUGCCGAGUGAUGACGAAGAGAGAUUGAUAGCGGGGUCAGAUAAAGAGAGAUUGGGCCCUAUAAGACCUACCCCCUUUAGCGCGUUAGCGGCGGCCGCGGCGGCGUAUCACGGUCUGGGCUGGCCGGGACCUCAAUCUGUCGUACCAACAUUUGGACCUCUAUUCCAAUCGCAUUUCUCUGUUGGACAUAUAACAGAUGCUAACGGAGAGCCGCCUAAGUUGAAAUGCAACUUGAGGAAGCAUAAACCAAACCGCAAGCCGCGCACGCCCUUCACCGCACAACAGCUACGCGCGCUCGAGAGCAAGUUCGUCGACAAGCAGUACUUGAGCAUUGCCGAGCGUGCUGAAUUCUCGUCAUCACUAGGACUUUCUGAAACACAGGUCAAAAUAUGGUUCCAAAACAGACGCGCGAAAGCGAAACGAGUCCAAGAGGCGGAGAUUGAAAAACUCAAGAUGGCGCAGUUUUCCCGCCAUCCCCACCAUUUGUACCCGCAUCCCGCGCUUCAACAGUAUUUCCACCCUCACCCCUUGAUGGGGGGUGGCCGCCCCAUGCCGCACAUGGGCUUACCGCCUCACCUCUCUAUGGUCCAAUCCCCAGUAUCGGGGACCUCCUCGCCUAGCACUCAAACUAGCGGACAGCAAUGAACUUUUUAAUUGUCUAUGAAUCGAAUCUGUCAUGUUGUGAAAUUGUAUACGGUAUUUUAAGUUUUGAAUUUCGAAUACGAUUGUUUAUUCUUUUGUCUUGACAAAAUUCUUGAUGGCCAGUAAUAUCGAAUCAUACUUUUUUUAAACUAUAAUAUUACCGUAUUAUAAAAAGUAAAUGUUUUCAAAAUAAUUUGUCAAAUUGGAUUGUGAAGUCUGCAUUAUUUUCGAAUGAAUUGUAUUUUAUAGUUAUAAUAUUAUGAAUUUUAGAUAUUGUAAAUUAUUUUGUAAAUAUUAGAUUAAUUAUAAGAAUUUAAUAUUACCGAUAUCGUUUCUAUUAAGUUAAAUACUGUAUAAAAUAUUGUUAGAAGUCAUACAACCAAAUUCUUAAUUCCUACAUUAUGUAUUAUCCCAGUACAAAAACUAUGCGAAGUGUUGACUUACAAUAAUUUAUGUAAAUAUGAGUGACCAUAGCAUGUUAUUUGUACUUAUGUAGUAAAAAUAUAUCAAUUUCGCAAACGAA